AUGUGUGAUAAUUUAGAUCCGUCUAGAGUGCGAUGCGACGUGUGUCGUACAAUUAAUUUGGCUAACCACGUAAAACAAACAAAACCAAAUAUGCAAAUUUACGAGAAAUGCAGUCCCGCUCAGAAGGUUGAAUGCCCACGAGUUACAGAGCUUCCGUUGAGUCCAACAUGCAUUAAGGUUUGCAGUAGAGAGGAAUAUAAGUUACGCAAAAGUGGUAAAACCAUCACGCAUCGCGUCCCAUACUACGCACACGGGAAAUUGUUAUACGCUGUCAAGGCUGGCAUCCUGGUAGGAACGGUUUACUUCACUUACACGCAGGGAGUGUGGGGCGACCAACAAGACGUCACGGAGUGCAUUAAACGUUGGCAAGAAUACAUACGAAGUAUCAACACCCGACGCCCGCCUACUUUUGAUCAAUGUGGAAAGGUUAUUAGGAAAGAAUCGACCGAGAGCAUAGUAGCACCCAUUUAUAAUAUUUACAAAAGUUUAGUCACAACUUGUUUUUCUGGCGUUGCUAAGUUUCCACUUGUCGUUAAAUGUGCCUACAUCGACUACCUAGAAGCGUUGGAAAAGAGAAAAGAAGAGUUGGAGAAGGAGAGGAAAAUAAAAAAGUCAAGUCAAUGA